AUGUCCAAAACCUCAAUCGGUUUCGUCGGCCUAGGCGCCAUGGGCUUCGGAAUGGCCACACAUCUCGUGAAAGAGGGCUACGCAGUACACGGCUUCGACGUGUUCCCAGCCUCAGUAGAGCGCUUCAAGGCCGCAGGCGGAAUCCCAGCGUCAUCACUGCAGGACUCAGCAAAGGAAAAAGAAUUCUAUGUUUGCAUGGUAGCGUCAGCGCCGCAGGUGCAGAGCGUCCUUUUCGGCGAUGAUGGCAUAAUCGCAGCCCUCCCCAAAAACGCAACCCUCCUCCUCUGCUCCACCGUCCCAGCAUCAUACGCCCAAUCCGUCGCCGCAGAGCUCACCUCCAUCGGCAGGAGCGACAUUGCCUUCAUCGACGCACCCGUGUCGGGCGGCGCGCUCCGCGCUGCUGCCGGCACGCUGUCGAUUAUGGCUGGCGCACCCGACGCGGCGCUGGAGAAAGGCCGUUUCCUGCUGCAGGAGAUGUCGGAUGCCAAUAAGCUGUACCUUGUCCCCGGCGGGAUUGGUGCAGGUAGUAACAUGAAGAUGGUGCAUCAGGUGUUGGCGGGUAUUCAUAUUCUGGGUGCUAGUGAGGCUCAGGGAUUUGCGGCGCGGCUGGGGUUAGAUGCUGUGAAGACGGCGGAGGCGAUUAAGUCUAGUCCGGCUUGGACUUGGAUGCAUGAGAAUCGGUUGCAGCGUAUGCUGGAUGAGGACUGGCAUCCUGGUGCUAGUGCUUUGACUAUUAUUCUUAAGGAUGUGGGGAUUAUCACGACAUCUGCGCGCCAAAGUCAAUUCCCGACUCCGCUUUGCUCGACUGCUGAGCAGGUUUAUUUGUCUGCUUUGUUGCAGGGAUAUGGCUCUGUUGAUGAUUCGUCUAUGGUGCGGCAGUAUUUUGCUGAGCCGAUCAUCAAGGUCUCCUCUACUAAGUCUGAUGAGGAGAUGGCGGAGGCGCUGCAGCUGGUGCUGGAUCUGAUGGAGGUAACUAACCUCGUUGCGGCUGCGGAGGCUAUUUCAUUCGCGCGCUAUCUCAAGGUCGAUCUGAAGCAGUUUUAUACUCUUGUCAGUGAUGCUGCUGGUGCUAGUCGGCAAUUUAUGACGAAGGGAUUGGAGAUUAUUGAGGGGCUUGGACAGGGUGAUAAGGGCUCUGAGACCGUUGAUGCUGCUAGUUCUCGGCUAGAGAAGGCUGUGCAGAAGGCCCGCGAUCUGCACUGUCCUUUAAAUCUAGGCAAUGCUGCUUUGAACGUGUUGUUCAUGGCUAAGAGGUCUGGGUUAGGGGCUGAGGGAAGUGCUAGUGUGGUGAAGGUUUUUGAACAUUAG